CGCCGGGUGGAAGAAAGAUGACGUGGACCAAAGAGGCGUCAACUCGCCCUUUCAGCCGGCCCGAGAGGAGCGCCGCCGCACGCCUGCCGGGAUUGGCUUCCUCUUCCGGCGCUCGGGCCGGGAACGCGUGGGCGGCGGGGUGGAGCUCGGCUUUCCGGGGUGAAGCGCACCCCAGCCCGCGCCGCUGAGGUGGUCUGCCCGCCACCGUCGCUGAGUGAUUGCGUCUCGAAUGGGCGGAAGACCACCUUUGCGUGCCAUCCCGACUUCUGGACGCACCUGCCGUGACGCCUUAGCCCCGCGGAGGUGGAGGUGGAGGUUGGCGGGCUUUGAGGCCUCCUCUGGGAAAGGAUAACUUCCCAAACCCAGUUCUCAGGACCUCAUGGAUCGCAGAGAGAACAAGAGAAGAGCGGAGAAGGUAGAGGCGGCUGAGCCUCGGAACAAACUCCCCAGCCCAGCAUCCUUGCUGCCCACAGACCCUGCUCUCUACUCUGGGUCCUUCCCUUUCUAUGGGCGCCCUUCCGAAUUGGGCUGCUUUUCCCUGGAUGCACAACGCCAGUACCAUGGAGAUGCUCAAGCCUUGCGCUACUACAGCCCACCCCCUACCAAUGACCAAGGCCCCCACUUUGAUCUCAGAGAUGGUUACCCUGAUCGAUACCAGCCCAGGGAUGAGGAGGUCCAAGAGGGACUGGACCACUUGCUGCGCUGGCUCCUGGAUCACCGAGGCAAGCUGGAGGGGGGUCCAGGCUGGCUGGCAGGGGCCAUAGUGACAUGGCGGGGGCAUCUGACCAAAUUGCUGACGACACCGUAUGAGCAGCAGGAGGGCUGGCAGCUGGCAGCCUCCCGCUUCCAGGGCACACUGUACCUGAGUGAGGUAGAGACACCAGCAGCUCGGGCCCAGAGGCUUGCCCGGCCACCCCUCCUCCGGGAGCUUAUGUACAUGGGGUACAAGUUUGAGCAGUACAUGUGUGCAGACAAACCUGGAAGCUCCCCGGACCCCUCUGGGGAGGUUAACACCAAUGUGGCCUUCUGCUCUGUGCUACGCAGCCGCCUGGGAAACCAUCGUCUGCUCUUCUCAGGGGAGGUAGACUGCACGGACCCCCGGGCCCCAUCCACACAGCCCCCUGCCUGCUAUGUGGAGCUCAAGACCUCCAAGGAGAUGCACAGGCCUGGCCACUGGAGGAGCUUCUACAGACAUAAGCUCCUAAAAUGGUGGGCUCAGUCAUUCCUUUUGGGGGUCCCAAACGUCGUUGCUGGCUUCCGUAACCCAGAGGGUUUCGUCUGUUCCCUCAAGACCUUUCCUACCAUGGAGAUGUUCGAAUAUGUCAGGAACGACCGUGAUGGCUGGAAUCCCUCUGUGUGCAUGAACUUCUGUGCCGCCUUCCUUAGCUUUGCCCAGAACACCGUUGUCCAGGAUGACCCCAGGCUUGUCCAUCUCUUCUCCUGGGAGCCUGGCAGCCCAGUCACAGUGUCUAAACAUCGAGACGCACCCUAUGCCUUCCUGCCCACGUGGUACAUGGAAGCCAUGACCCAGGACCUCCCAUCAGCCCCCAAGACACCUUCCCCCAAAGACUGAGACUUCAAAGGGGCUGGUCCUAUCUCUGUGUGCACAGAUAAAAAGCAUAUUUCUAGGUGGUUCUUCUUGCUGUGUCUUUUGCCUGAGUCAUCCCUGCCCAACACCUCAAGUACACGCAGGUGGCUUGCUGUUU